UGCUGCUUGCCGUUUCGGCCUCGGCAGGGGCUGAGUCCGCUGUUCCAGCCGUGGCCCGGCCGUCGCUUUGGCCAUCGCCCCUUCGGCUUGCUGGUCAACCAUCCAACCAUCCAUCCGCCCGCUUAUCCAUCGUCCCUCUCCGCCAUCGCACCGUGCCUUGCGCCUUUCUCCUCGCCCUUUAUUCAUUUUCUGGUCCUUCCUCCAGCACACUCCGCCUUCUCCCAGCACCUUCCCUCGUCCAUCGCCCAGGAUGAUCCUUAGAAUUCUCUCCAGGCCAGCCCCUUUGAUUAUUGCGGCCGUUGUAUUGCUCGUCGUUGUGUUGCUCAACUUUGAGCUGAUCAGCCUCGCUUCCCGCCCACCCAAUGCAGGCAUCUCUCAUGACAUCCCCCCAGUCGUCUUUUCAAGCACCGACACCGCCGCCAAGAGUCUCUUGGACUACGUUCGCCAGCCCGUCCAUGGGGUCUGCAACCACACCAAGACCUUUGGCGGCUCGUCCGUGGUCGGGAGCGAGGGGUCCUGGACCAUUUGCAUGGACCUCCUGCCGCCGACCACGUUCCCGUGCGUGGUCUACUCCUUUGGUAUCAACAACGACUUUAGCUUUGACGAUCAAAUCCAUCUCAAGGCCACCGAUCAUGGGUGUGAGGUCCAUUCAUUCGAUCCAUCGAUGGGCGUUCAGUCUCAUGAGCGCACGCCCGGUCACUGGUUCCACGAUGCAGGCAUCUCAGCCGUCGAUAGCGACAACUGGGACGGCGGUCUGACCAGUGCAAACCACGACAAUACCAAGGGGUGGGUUGUCAAGACCGUCCCCUCUUGGAUGAACACCCUCAGCCACAACAAGAUCAAUCUCCUCAAGAUCGACACCGAGUACGCCGAAUGGGGUGCCCUCCAGAACCUCCUCGACACUGGCUACAUCCGCCAGGUGGACCAGCUCGUCGUUGAGGUUCAUUUCUGGACAAGCCGCAAGGACAAGCAGCGCACUGAUGCUCAGGAGAUGGCAUGGUGGAUGACCACUCUGCUGCGUCUGGAGUCGGCCGGGUUCAAGCUCUUCUACAAACAUGAAAACCCGCUGAGUAGCGUAGAAGGUUCAGAAGGAGCAAAGUACCUGUGCUGCCACGAGCUUGGCUUUGUUCGACAACUGCCGAGCUUCAAGGUUGCCAACCGCGUAGAGCAUGUGGCUGCCGACCCCGAGCCUGCUGCCAAGAAGAUCCAAAGAUUGGUCAAUCUGAUCGAGAAGCCUAUCGCCAAAGAUGCCUGUGCCUCUACCGAUGUAUUUGGCGGCACCCCGCGAGGCCAGGGAGACGGCGUGUGGACCAUCUGCCGCGACCUGCUGCCCAAGACCAGCACCAAGUGCAUCGUGUACUCCUUUGGCAUCAACAACGACUUUAGCUUUGACGACCAGAUCGGCGCCGGUGGAGUCGACGGUGGCUGUGAGGUGGGCUGCCCUUUGUCGUCCGCAUCGCAUCGCAUCGCAUCACAUUGCUACAAUUUCCAUUGCCAUCGCAACGGGGCUCGGUCGCUACUCACAUACCCAAUGCCCCCCUCGCCGCUCCACAGGUUCAUUCUUUUGAUCCCUCGAUGGGCGUCGACUCGUAUCAGCGCUCCAGCCGCCACUUGUUCCACAACGGAGGCAUUGGUCCGGUCGACAGUGACGACUGGAACGGCGGCGAGCUGACUAGUGCCAAUCGACAGAACACCCACGGCUGGACUGUCAAGACCGUCCCCACCUGGAUGCAUUUGCUCGGCCACAGCCACAUCAGCGUCCUCAAGAUCGACACCGAGUACGCCGAAUGGGACGUGAUCCAGAACCUGUUCGAGAGCGAAUACAUCCACAAAAUCGACCAAAUCGUCCUCGAGAUCCACAUGUGGACCCACUUCCGCUCCAACCCGUCCUUCACAACCGAGGCUGAGGUUGCCCAGUACUGGAUCAACACCCUCACUCGUCUCGAAAAUGCUGGAUUCAAAAAGUUCUCUGUGCACAAGAAUCCUCAGAGCUCACAGCAUACGCUGGACGGCUGUAAGUUGUGGGUGCGGGUGUGAAUG